AUGAAGCUCCAACAUGUCGACAUCAUUCGAUCUCCGGCGUGUACCACCACGACGCCCUACACACCGCACCGCGCCCCCAGAGCUCGACAAGUCGACGGCAGCGCGAACCUCGCCAUGAACUCCCUCCCGAGGAUAUCUCUGCGUGCGCUGCGGCCGUCCGCGACCCCGGGCCCGCAAUGGGCCUGCUCGUCGUGCCGCCGCGCUGCCCUGCGCCAGAAUGCGCCCUCGCCCGCAGCACGCCGGCCCAUCUCGAGCACUGCGCCCAAGAGGGCCACGACACCGGAGCAGCACGCCCGGCAGCGGGCGGCGGCGGCGCCGUCAAUGGAGAAGCUGAAUGCGUACUACCGGUACAAGAACCAUACUGGCCUCAACUACAUCCUCAGUAUCAUUCUCGGCACCGUCGCUUUCAGCUAUGGGAGUGUGCCCAUGUAUAAGAUGAUCUGCCAGACGACAGGCUGGGGCGGCCAGCCGGUGCGGGCGCCGGGCCACGGACCGUCGGGCGACGACUCGGUCGACCCGUCGACGCGGAUGGUGCCGGUGGAGGGCGCGAAGCGGAUCCGGGUGACAUUCAACGCGUCCGUGUCGGACAUCCUGCCGUGGAAGUUCACGCCGCAGCAGCGCGAGGUGCGGGUGCUGCCCGGGGAGACGGCGCUGGCCUUCUACACGGCGACCAACACGUCGGACAAGGAUAUCAUCGGCGUGGCCACGUACAGCGUGACGCCCGGCCAGACGGCCCCCUACUUCAGCAAGAUCCAGUGCUUCUGCUUCGAGGAGCAGCGCCUCAACGCCGGCGAGACCGUCGACAUGCCCGUCUUCUUCUACCUCGACCCGGAUCUGCUCAACGACCUCAACAUGCGCGGCGUCGAGACCGUGACGCUGAGCUAUACCUUCUUCAAAGCGAGAUAUGACGACAACGGAAACUUCAAGAACAUCGCUCCCGCGGCGACAUAA